GGCUCGCUCGGGACCCCCGAAUCCGCGCCUGUCCGAGUCGGCCCCUGCCCCGUCCCCCGGCGGUGGGGGGCUUCUGGCCGACGCCCCGUGACGGGACUUUUGCGGGAUCCACCCGGUCCUCACGUUUGAACUCUCGGGAUCCGACCACACUGCCGGAGGGGUCGCCGGGCCGCCCCGGCCAAGCUCCCACGAGACUUCAGGACGCCGCGGGCUCCACCCGUGGCUGGAUCCGAACGCUAGGGUACUGCUGUCAGCUGGUUGGCGGGGUCCUGGUUGAAAAAUGUCCGGCCAGGUCAGAAGUGGGAACCCGCCUGUUGGUGCUGUCCUCCCAACUCAGUCACUGCAGGACCGUCCUGCGACUCUUUGAUGACCUGGCCAUGUUUGUCUACACUAAGCACUACGGCCUGGGGGCAGAGGAGGAGGACAUUUUUGUCCGCUGUGUGUCUGUCCUGGGCAACCUUGCUGACCAGCUCUACUACCCCUGUGAACAUGUUGCCUGGGCUGCUGAUGCCAAGAUCCUGCACGUGGACUCUGCCCGCUGGUGGACGCUGAGCACAACCUUCUGGGGUCUCUCCCUGCUCCUGGGGAUAGCCAGAUCCCUGUGGAUGGUCCUGAAGCUGAGACAGAGGCUGAGAAGCCCCACAGAGGCCUUCACCAGCCAACUACCACGGAGCAAGCGGUGGGCCCUGGAGGCCCAGGUGCAGUCGGAGCUGCUGACUCUCCUCAGCAACCUGGCCGACCUGGCCAACGCCGUGCACUGGCUGCCGCCCGGUGUCCUAUGGGCUGGCCGCUUCCCGCCCUGGCUGGUGGGCCUCCUGGGCACCAUCUCCUCUCUCCUCAGCGUGUACCAGGCCACUCAGGCCAAGGGCCAGGCCGACGUCGCCACCCUCUGACACCACCUGAGAAGCGCGGAUCCAGCCUGAACCCCAGCGGGGUCCCUUCUGACCAAGCUGAAAUCACUGGAGCAUGGGCUGGGUCUUUAAUUGGGCAGAUCAGGGUUAGCAGUAGGAGGUACAGGUGAGACCCUCCCCCAGGUGCUGGAGGCCAGGCCUUGCCGUCCCAGCCCCGCCUCUUCAGACUUCUCUCAGGGCCAGAGGGAAGGACCCUGGGACCCUCGAGCGCAAGGAAAGGCUUUGGGGACCUCAGAAGCUCCGGCUCAACGCCCCCAGCAAGCCUGUGAGGCCACCGUCGUGCUCCAGGAUGGGCUUCAGAUAAUGGGAAUCAAUUAAAUAUUGUGGUGCAGCUGCCUGGUGUGCGGA